AUGGUCAUCCAUUUUUUUUUUCUUCCUCAGCUUCUGCCCAUAGAGGCUUCAUCAACUCUGCCUCAGUCCAUUGUGCACACUUGCCAUAUGUGGGUCAGGACUGAGGAACUUUCACAACUUUCAUCAUAGAGAUGGCACCACCAUCAUCCCACUGAGAUCCAGGUUGUGCUGCAGCACCAGCUGUGCCCCACUGCUGCCUCCUGGCUAGACCAUGCUGUGGGCAUGGUGCUCACAUGCUGCCAUCUUGGUGUGUGCCUAAGAGCCACACUUCUGGGCUGUUGGUGUGAGUGUCCCUGGAGGUCAGGCUAUUGGGGCAGUGUGCACCUGAUGGAGCUGUGGGUGUCCCUGUUCAUUGUGGGGGGGGAAUUGGACUAAAUGACUUUAAGGGUUCUUUCCAACUCAAACAAUUCUAUGAUUCUACUGUUAAAAAUGGCCAUAAGAAUAUAGUGCUAUACUAUAGUGGAAUUGAAAACUCCUCAAAUGCAAAUUGUAUUGUGAUUGGAAUUGCUGUUGGCCUAGCUAGUUAACGGAAGGAACGUACUGCAGAUGUGUUCUGUGAUCUUCCUAAUAAUAAAUUAAAUGCAUGCAACAUGAUUUGAGAACAUUAAGACUUUACCACUCAGAUAACUUGGAAGAUAUUUUCUUAGGAGGCUUGAAAUGAAUAUUAAUUCUGUUUCAGUGCAGCCUUGGUUUUAACAUUGUUUACUCUUUGUCUCACUGUACUAUUCUGCAGUUACGAUUCAGUUUCACUGGCAAAUUUCUUCCCUUUAACUGUCUGCAGAACUCCGUCCCUACCCAUAAACAGCUACAUGGGCAAGGCAUGGGCAGAAUCUGCAUUGAAUGCAGUGAAUCUUAUGCGUUCCUAAGAGAAACAUGGAAAGAAUGAGUAAGAAGUUUUGUAAUUCCAUCCAUGUCUGGGACUGAGCAGACCACCCCCAGCACCAAGGAGUGUGUGUGCUCACAGGAUGCCAUGUCCUGGAAUGGUUUGGGAACUUGUGUGCCCUUCACUGUGCACAGAGCUGUCCUCAUGGCUGCUCGACAGGGAAGGGAACCAACUGCCUGCAGGCAUGGCACAUCCUGCAUUGCAUUCUCUUCUCAAUCCUCUGCAAUUAAGAGAGGACAGAUACCAGUAAUUGCCUCUGUGUUUUUCACUGACAAGAAUUAACAAAUCCCUAGCAAUGGAAUUCUUCCAUCACAGAUACUCAUGCUCUCAUUUAACUGGUGCGUUUUUCUUCCCAAUUUUCCCAAUACUAUUUUUUUUAAUGCUGGAUUGACAGCAGGUGAUUGACCUGUUGCAGCUAUUUAGAUUAAGGUGUACUAUUUACAAGGUUUCUUCUCCAGCUUCCUGUCACCUGCUCAUUCCCAACAGAGAAGUUGCAUUAUCCUCACAAAUCCCAAUGCUCCUCAAGAGCCAUCUUGUGUGGGAGAAAGUGAGAGGUUAAAGAACACAAAGGAAAACCUGUGUUUCUGAGAAACAGGAAGAGACAGUGACCGUCUGUUGGAAUAAUAUCAGAUAAGUAUUUUGAGAUCCCAAACUUAACAGAAAUAGCCUUUAUUAUUGUUGUUAUAUUUAGGAAGCUACCAUGAAAUUUAUGGGUUUUCUUUUGUAAAAGAAAGAUUAGUUGUAAUUAGUGACUGCUGUGAAAAUAUCUUUGCUUUGUUAUCUCUGAAAGGUAUUACUUGCAAAAUUAUCAUCAACGCUGGGGGGCUGCAUAACAGUGUUUCCAGAAGGUCUAUGAAGUUGUCUCAUUGAGAAUGCUCAAACUUGGUAAAGUACACCAUCUAGUGACAAAAGUAUGAAUUUUCUCAAAAUCACUCAAAAACAAUUCAGAGAGAGACUGCAUCAGAUACUGCAAUCCUGGAGCCCCUAAUCUCACAAGCUUGCCAUGUUACUUCAUACAGUUGUCUAACACUUUAAUUUGGCUUCUGUACUUCUCUAGAAAUCAUGGUAAUACACCAAUUUGUUAAAUACUUCCUACAAUUUACACAUCUUUGUUACUACACAGACAGCUUGCUUUUUCCUUUCAUGAGGUUAGCUAAUAUGGUAUUCAAAUAUAUGAGAUCUGUCCAGUACACAUCUCAUAUGAAGAAGUAAAAACAUAUUUGUAAUACUUCCCAUUUUAGUAUAACGAUGUGCUUCACUGAUGCUAUUACCUCCCAUGCAGAGUCCAAGAGCUUCAUAGGUAAUGAACUCAUUAACAAAGUAGUUGUGAAAUUCAAUCACACCGACAUUGGCAAGUAUUAGGCAGCAGGAUGAGCUGGGCCAGGCUGCAUAUGGGCUGUAGGAUGUGCCCCUUAUAGGGCCUGCCAGAGCACAGUGAAGAGCACUGGGAGCACUCUAAUAGACCAUGGAGUACACUGGGUGUUCCUGGAAGGCCUCUAGGGCACUUUAGAGCUCGCUUGAGAGGCUGUAUUUGUACUACAGUGGUCUUGAGUAAGCUUGGGGAGUCCUGGAAGUCUUCUGUUAGACACUAGGAUGUUUUUAUGGCACUCUGUAGAGCACUUAAGAGUUAUGAGAGCAUUCUGGGUGUCCUCUAGGACACACUGGGAAGCCUCAAGUGUGGCUUAGAGCACAUUCAGGGUCUCUGGGAGCACUCUAGCAUGCCCUAGAGUACCCUGGGAGGGCUCUGUGGAGGUUUUUAAGUGCACACUAGGAAGCUUCUAGGACAAACUAGAACAUUAGGGUGUAUUUAUUGACCCAGGGAGGCCUCUACAGUCUACAGAAAGCAGUGAGGUUUCUUUGGAGUCUUAUGCAUCUGAGAGUGCAGAGGGGGCUAUAAAACAUGCUGGGCAGUUGCAGGAAUCUUCUGUGGUGUCUAAAGUACACUAGGGUGCCUUGCUGGCCUCUAGGGCACCCUGCAGCACAGGGACAAGCUCUGGGAUUUUGCUAGCUCUCUGCCCAUCUUUGCUUACUGGUGGUGGUGAAGUGAGGUGAUGGGAAACACUGAAGCAUGGUGACACAAAGGAGAUCGGUUGCUGGGGCUGCAGUACUUUGUAGCCAUGCUGUGUAUCCUGUUGGGACAAGGGGUGAAUGACUUGUGUGUUACGGCCUUUCCAAAGGGUCAGAAAGGACUCUGUCCCUGUAGGCUUGUUGGGAGAUAGAGCUCUGAGCCACCAAGGCUGCUGUGACCCCAGUACAGGGUCAGUUCUAUAGGGCCUGCAGCCCUCAUAUGCCCAGUUCAUCCUUGGAACAGGAACUCCAUUGCUUCCUGUUUCACAGAGUGCUGAGCUGGAUGUCAGCUCUUGUUAAACGGAGAAGAGUAAGACUGCAAUUAGCCUGGUGGAUAAAAGACAGGGAGAAGUCUCAACUAUGAGAAAUCAACCCCUGUGGAAGCAAACCACAUGUGGAGAGCAAAUGCUGGAGAAAGAAAAACAGCAAAACACAACAAGUGGAAAAAAUUCACUUAUUACCUAAGUAAACAGCAGGGUAAUUUGUUGGAGUAACAGCGUGAGCUGUUCUGUACCAUAUAUCUGUAACAAGAAUUCAUUGCUGAGAGAAAAGGAGAUGACUUUAUAAGACACUGUGUGGGUGUUCUGGGAAAUGUUAGUUAUUUACUGUUGGUAUAAUAACAGAAUUAUCCUAGUUUUGUUGCAGCAAGCUAAAAGGAACAUGUAUAGCAUAAAGCAAAUACAAAAUAUGUUGGGUCUGUGUCCCAUAUUUCAGGUAGAUUAAAAACAGUCAUGGGUUCUUUUUUUUAUUAUUAUUAUUUUUUGAAUAGUACAUAUCCUGUGGGAGAACAAACAUCUUAAAAUUCAUUUGGAUCAACACACAGAUGCCAAUAGGCAGUUGGCCAGGCUCUGCUGUGCAUGCUUAGGUUUGAAAAAUACUUCCUUUCCUGCCUUGGAGACAAAAACGCCUUUUACUCUCAGUGUUUUGAUUGUUCAUUUUUUAAAGCAAAUGACAGCAAGUUACUUAAAAGAUUGUUAAUAGGCUUUGUUCUCUGCUUUCAAUUGAAGGCACAUGUCAGCAUACAGCACUGGACUCUUGAGGAAUGACAGUGUUUAUUAUUUAAAUCGGGUAAAUAAAGCUGAAAGUAAAGAAUGUUUUAUGACAUGUUGAUACAACUAAAACUUAACUUUCCUGACUGCCUUAUGCCUCACUCCAUGCUUAUCAAAGGAAGCUGAUGUAAUGCUGCCGACUGAACCUUCCUAAAUAUGCUCAUGCUUUGAUAGAUCUGCUUACACCUUCUGUUCUCUUCCCUGUUGUUUCUUGACUGGGAUGCGCUUUAUUUGUUUAUGUUGUCCAUGUGAUCUAAAGAAAUGACUGUACCAGAAUUUAAACUGAAUUUUCAGCUUCAUGUUUUGAACCUGGAUGUUGCUUUGUUUAGAUUGCAGCUACCACUGCAGGGAACAUGUGAGGCCACAAAGACUUGAAUUGGACUGGAAGUUUUGAAUGCAACUGAUUCUAAGUUGUGAGUCCUGCAGUGGACUUUCUUUCCUCUGAAAGCAGCAGAAAGCUGUAGUGACAGAAGCAGUGGCUGCCUCACACCAUGCUGGGCACAGCCCUGGGCUUAGUGGUGGAUCAGAACGCUUUGGGUAGGUUUGAUGCUGGUUCUGGUUUUCCUGGAGAACUGUGUGAAGUCUGAUGUUGGAACUGGGGACAGGAGAUCUUAAGUUUGGGAUAUGUUGAGUACAAGAGGAUAGGGCAGGAGAAAGUGAAUGCUUGGAAAGAAACAAACUGUGGGUAAUUUGUAGCACAGUGUGUAAAGGUAGUUAUCUUUGCAGGUGAGAUACCUGAUUUUCAAUCCUGCUGGGUAGUCUCUGUGCUGUGAGAUAGUCCUGAGUUGGCUGUGGCACCUCUCUGUGCCUCUGUUUCCCCAUCACUAAAGGAGGUGUAAGACACUUCUUUGGUAAUGCGCAGCAGUACCUCUGGAUGCUGUGAUAGCUAAGAAUUCUACAACAAAAACACGGAGAAGAAUGCUCUUUUGGAAGAGGGUGAAUCCUGCUCUCUACCUCUCCCUCUUGGGCUGCUCCAGCCUCUGCAGUGAGCUGGGGAUCCCUCCUGUUCCUCUCUAUCUGAAGGCUGGGGUGAGAUGGGGGAUCUCCCAGCACACUUUUGUCUCUUCCCUGAAAACAGAGUGUUAAUCUUCUAUGGUUUCAGGGUGCUGUAAUAAAGAAAGAGGAGCAAGCAAAUCCAUUCUGGAUCUCUGAAUCAGUAAAACUGAGCAGCCAGCUUUGCUUUGUUUUUGUUUUUGUUUCAGUAAAAACAUACUUCCCACAAUAACUUCUGCAACUUACACGUGGCACAGAGGGGGAUCUGUUCCAGUUGAUAUGAGCCUGGAAGAAGAGAGGGAGGAAAUAACUUAAUUGCUUUAGACUUCAGUUCAGCUGGAAUCGAGAGGAAAGGAUUGGUGUGCCUUUCUUUCUAUUUUUUUUUUUUUUUUUGGAAUACAACAAGAAGGUCGUGUUCUUGGUGAGAUCCUCUGCAGAUUUUGUGAAGGUACAGUGUGUUGCAGGGCAUUCCCAAAACCAGGUGGCUUUGUAUUUAAACAAGUAACUCUGCUGUCAGUGACAAACAGCUGCGUUGUUUUCUUGGAAGUAUUGGUGCACUUGGAGCAUGCUGUGUUAUAAACAGCGUGCUCCUCGCUUUUUACCAAGGAGGAAGAAUUGGGAAAUGUGAGAUUUUGGGGCUAACUAUGACUGGCGCAAGUUGAGGGGGAGUGCUUUGAUGUUAAAUGCUAUAAUAUGGGGCUUAGAAAAUACAGAAGAGAUUGGGUAGACAGGUGUUAUGUUAAAUGUUAGGGCUUUGCUUCUGAGAUGUUUGUCAUUUCACGACCUUUGUACCUCUGGUCUCUGAAGAUCAGCUGAAGUGUUUAAAAUCGGGGAAAUAUAAGGAGGUACGAUGAAAUACAGGAAAUGCUGUGGAUCUGUCUGCUUCUGGCUAAUCUGAACCAGGCCCCCAGGGAACGGAAGGACAUUCCCACCUGGAAUUCAGAUUUGGUGUUGAAUGUAGCUAAAAUGAAAGAUCUAGUAACAGGCAGUGCAGCUGCAAUGCAAUGCUAAAGCACACGCCGCCUCUGCUUCUGUCAAAUCCAGCAUGCUUUCUUUUGGCAUCUCUCACAGAUCUUGCAAACUGCACUGACAGAAAGCAGUGGGAGAUCGUUUCUUGCCCAAGUCUUUAUAUUCAGACUAUAGCUGCUUCCUCUUUCCUACUCACAUUUUCCCAUAUGGUGACUUUGGAAAAUUCCUCCUUGAUUUCACUGGGAAGUGCAGCAAACUCGUUGGUAGGGGGUUGCCUGUUCUCUCUCUGCUUCUGCUGCUCACAUCUGAAACGGAUCUGGCUUGGAAAGAGGAGACUUGCUCUGAGCUCAGCGCGUGUAACUGACAUGGCAUGAGCUGAGGGACCUGCGGGAGCACGGGAAAUGUUCUUCUCCAUUCAUCUGAUCUCUGACAGCAGAGGUGAGUUUUUCAGCACUUCAUUGCUCUAAAAGCUGGAUGGUCAGACCCCAUGCAGCAGCCCGUAAGUCAGAGGGGACGUUCAGUGUAAGUCACAAAUUUGCUUAACCUGUUGAUAUUGAAGGAGGGGAUGUUUUCUCAGCUUUGUGUGUGUUGUGAGAGAAUGUGUGUGGAGAACAACAGAGGUAAGGUAUUUUGAACAUGAUUCUGCUGUUUACUGAGGUAAUUGUAAGCACUCAGAAACUACAGAACUCCUGAUGCUUCAGCUCAGUUUUUGAGAGGUUCCUUGUGCAGCACGCAGCCCCUGGGGCUGUGCAGCAGCAAAGUACAGAAAUCAGCGGUGGUUCUGUCUGGGCUCAGAAAGAUGCAGCCACAGAAAAUCCUGAAGUGGCUUUCACUGAAACUUCAGUCUGUGGGAGAAAGAGUCUGAUCCCCUGACAGCAAGGGAAGAGUACUCUUUCCAAUUGGUUUUGAGCUACUCAUUGCAUAAGGUUUCUUAAUAAGGAUUUGGAUUAGGCUCAUGGGAAUGAAUUUAAAUGGAGCGAGUUUCUUCAGGCUUUCUUUGAACUGAAAGAAAAAGCCAUGCCUAGUUUUACUGCCUGCACUCCAGAUGCAAGCAGAUGUUUAUGUAUCUGAAGUGUCUCCUGGUGGCACCAAGCCAGCAUUCCCUUCAAAGGCAUCACAGCAGCAGCAUGCAUACUGAAGGCAGUGGGGUGAGAUUGUCUCAGCAACUUUGCUGUACAACUGAUGCAGUAUUUCAUGCUUUUAUUUUUUUUUUCCUUAGCUAGUUUUUAUGCUAAUUGUUUCAGGUAUAGAUGUGGAAAUAUCAGCAUGCAGCAAACAUAGAGCCUGAUACUAACCAUGAUGUAACUUGGUAUGGAAAGUGUUGGCACUGUUACAGCAGGGCUGGGUUUGAUCUAUAUGCAUUUUUUUUUCCUUUAGUUUUGUUUGUAGACACCUGUAAGAGGAAGUGAUAUAGGGAGGAAAUUUUUUGUUAGAGAUCUGAUAUAUCGUACUUCCUGAAAUUAUUUUCUGGGAUUAUUUUCUCUAAGAUUUCUGAAAUAUUUUCUGAGGUUAGGUCACCAAAUACUAAGGAUUUUACUAAUCCACUGUUGGCAUACUCAUAUGGCCAAUUUUGAUCUCACUAUUAAUAUCUAGCUAUAUUGCCGUAUAAGGAAAACCAUCUGAUCUCUGGUAUGUUUUAUAAAGGAGAUUAAUUUCAUUAUAUUCAGCUUUUACAGAUAUGGAAGCUGUGGAAUAGAGGAGCAGGGUAAGAGGGAUCAAGCAAACAAUGUUAAAUGCUUAAAAUUACCCAGCAUGUUUGUAGCAAAGACCAGGACCAAACCAAAACAGUCCGUGUCUCAAGCCAGAGCUCUGUCCUGUAAUGUCACCUUCUCCUAUUUCUUCAAGUGCAAGUCAGCGUUUAAAGACAUUAACUUAAGAUUUUCACAACUGUGACUCACAGCAGGAUUUCCCCAGUGCUUUCCAAGUGCCCACAGUCUGGGGAGUUUCAGCAGGUGCAAGUGACAGACCCUGGGGCUGCAAAGGGAGCAGUGCUGGUGCUGCCAGCAUGGCCUGGGGGGUGAAUGGAGUACUUAUUUCAUGCUGAAGUCAAGAAUCCAUUCUGCUUUUUUACCUUUAAAGUUCAGCCCAAAUAGGAAUUGCUCAUCGCUAUCCAAUAACUUUGCAAAAAAAAAUGGAAAAAAGCCAUGACUGGUUCUGAGCGCAAAUCAUUAAGUGUGAAAUCUGAGAAGGGCAAGAAAUGAGGCCGAGGGCUGGGGCAGGGCCAGGGCCAGCUGGCUGCUGGGCAGAUGCUCCACCACUGUUCGCAUUAUUUUAACCUGCUGCCAGAAAGAUGAAGGCUGAGCACCAGCCAGGCCUUGGAGGCUCAGGUGGGCACCGUCCAGGCGCAGCAGGAACCCAUUUUGGGUUCAGCAGCCCGGAGCUUGGCGCUGCGCAGUGCGGUGAGGCAGCCCCAGCAGGAUGAGGCACUGUUGUACCUUAGCGAGACUCGCUUCCCUGUGCAUCACUGCGUGGAGCAGCGUGACAGCAGUUACAGAAAUAACAUUGCAUAACCUCCUGUAUAAAUCUCCGGGAUCAUCUGGUGUUUCUCAAUAUGAAAAAUGCAAUAAACAGUGUGAGUGGUCAGCAAUGGGGCGGGGGGCCCAGCUGGGGACCUGUGGGGAGCUCAGGCCUCAGCAGCUGGGGUGCAGGGCCUCGAAAGCACCUCAGAGCAUCCGGGGAGAGCGGGAACACCUCAGGGCACCUGGGGAGAGCGGGAACAUGUUUCCCUCAGCUCAGGGCGGGCGCUGGGCCGAAAGCUGGAGGAGGCCGGGCUGCUGGGCUGCUCCCGCCUUGGGCUGACCCCUCUCUCUGUUCCAGGGGCGAUGCCAGCCGGCGGCCGGGAGCUGCUGGUGCUGGGGCUGCUGGCGCUGGGCUGUGCCGCCGCCAACGAUUUCCCCGAGGGUGUUGUGGGGCGAAGGCGCCCACCAGGCCCGGCCCACAGCUGCCCCCGCGACUGCGGCUGCACCCAGGAGGGCGUCGUGGACUGCGGAGGCAUCGACCUGAAGGAGUUCCCGCUGCUGCUGCCUGAGCUGACCAACCACCUCUCGCUGCAGAACAACCAGAUAGAAGAAAUCUUUCCAGAAGAGCUUGCUCGACUUCACAGACUGGAAACUUUAAAUUUGCAAAACAACAGGCUGACUUCAAAAGGGCUGCCAGAGGAAGCAUUUGAGCACCUGGAGAACCUGAAUUACCUAUACUUGGCAAACAAUAAGCUAACAGUGGCUCCAAAAUUCCUACCAAAUACCUUGAUCAGUGCAGAUUUUGCAGCCAAUUAUCUCACUAAGAUAUAUGGGCUCACAUUUGGGCAGAAACCAAACUUGAGAUCUGUUUACCUUCACAACAACAAACUUUCAGAUGCUGGCUUACCUGAUAAUAUGUUCAAUGGCUCUAACAAUGUGGAGAUACUCAUCAUGUCCAGCAAUUUCCUGAAAUAUGUUCCGAAGAAUCUCCCUCCAGCAUUAUACAAAUUACAUCUAAAGAACAACAAGCUAGAGAAGAUUCCCAAAGGAGCCUUCAGUGAACUUACAGGCCUGCGGGAGCUGUACUUACAGAAUAACUACCUGACUAAUGAAGGAAUGGACAAUGAAACUUUCUGGAAACUGUCUAGUCUUGAAUAUCUGGAUUUGUCCAGCAAUAACCUCUCACAAAUCCCAAGUGGUUUGCCUCGAAACAUCGUCCUCCUUCACCUGGAGAAGAAUGCAAUUAAGGUGAUUGGUAGAGAUGUCCUGACCCAAAUUAAGAACCUCGAGUACCUCCUGCUCCAUAAUAACAAAUUAAAAGCCCGAGGUAUUCACCCAUCAGCCUUCCAGGGCUUGAAGAAACUGCACACUGUCCAUCUGUACAACAACCUCCUGGAAAGGAUUCCCAGUGGGCUGCCUCGACGAGUGAAAACACUCAUGAUCCUGCAUAACCAGAUUUCUGAGAUUAACAGGAAUGACUUUGCUACCACUUACUUCCUUGAAGAGCUGAACCUGAGCUACAAUAAACUCAAAAGUCCCCAGAUCCAUCGGGAGGCCUUCCGUAAACUGAGGCAACUAAAGUCCUUGGAUCUUUCUGGAAACAACCUCAACACGGUGCCCUAUGGCUUUCCAAAGAACUUGCAGGUUCUGAAGCUGAAGGAAAAUGAGAUAAGUGAAAUCCCAAAAGGGACUUUGUCUGGGAUGACAAAACUGCGGGAAUUAUAUUUGAGCAACAAUAAACUGAAAGUAAACUCAAUUUAUUCAAGAGCGUGGAGGGAACUCAGCAGUCUCCAGUCAUUAGACAUGGCUGGCAACCAGCUGACUUCGAUCCCCUCAGGCCUGCCAGAAUCUCUAGAGUACCUGUAUCUUCAGAACAACAAGAUCACCGUUGUUUCAGAGAAUGAUUUUGAGUCCACACCCAAACUAAAGGGAAUUUACCUCAGGUUUAAUAAGAUUGCAGUUGGAGCACUGAAGGUAAAUACCUUCCAAAGUCUACAGCACUUACAAGUACUGGAUAUUGAAGGGAACCUUGAAUUCAGCAACACUUCAAAGAAUAAGGAUGACUCAGAAGAGGAAUUAGAAGAUGAGGAAGAUGAGGAAAACUGAGAAAAAAUGUGAACUCACACAGGCACACCAUGUGGAAGCAAAGCAUAUGGAAAAUUACAUAUAUUUCUAUGUGUAUAUAUCUAUAUAGAUAUAUAUAGAACACUUAGCAGAAUGUGCAAUGAAUUAUACAGAAACUGUCAUGGCACUGGGCCAGGCUUAUGGAAGACAGUGUGUUGCAGUGCUUUAUUCAGGGAGAGACCCUGAAUGCCUUUCCAAAGCUUCCAAAUCAUCUUAUACAAGACCCAGGAUCAUAAGGGAUUGCUUUGGAACUCACAAAAGCUGGCUUUUGUUCCUUGUUUCUCUUCCUUCACUGUUUCCAUCUGUAAUAACAAUAUGGGACUAUUUUGAA